AUGGCUGCAGCACACGGAGACCUACGGCAUCUUCUGCCGGGCAAUUACAAGCGCCUCAUCUCCGAAUGGCUCGAGGAGGACUGUCCCAGUAUGGACUACGGCGGCUUCGUCGUCGGCGAGUCUGACGGCGAGGCCCGGUUAUUGGGGAAGAGCAAUGGCAUCGUGGCAGGUGUUCCCUUCUUCGAUGAGGUCUUCUCGCAACUGGGUUGCACCACCGAGUGGCACGUCAAAGAAGGCGACACUCUCAGCCCUGUCCAACACUGCGCCACCGUCCGCGGCCCAAUCCGCAAGAUCCUCCUCGGCGAGCGCGUCGCCCUAAACAUUCUCGCCCGCUGCUCCGGCAUCGCCUCCAAGUCCGCUAGCAUGCUCGCCGCGCUCCGCGCCCAGGGCUGGCAGGGUAUCCUGGCUGGAACCCGCAAGACUACACCGGGUUUCCGCAUCGUUGAGAAGUACGGUAUUCUUGUCGGUGGUGCCGAUCCCCACCGCCACGAUUUGAGUUCCAUGACUAUGCUCAAGGAUAACCAUGUCUGGGCUUGCGCGAAUAACCGUGCUGCGGCGGAUGGGGGUGUUAAGGACGUCUCGUCGAUUGCGUCGAUUGCCGCUGCUAUUCCUCGUGCGGUGCAGGCUGCGAAGGCAACGGGUGGCUUCUCAACUAAGGUUGAGGUUGAGUGUCGAAGUGUUGAGGAGGCGAAUGCGGCGAUUGGUGCUGGAGCGGAUGUGAUUAUGUUGGAUAACUUCACGCCGGAGGGAGUCCGCGAGGCUGCACGCCAGUUGAAGCAGGAGUGGGCGGGUAAGGGUCGGGCGUUCCUCAUCGAGGUCAGCGGUGGGUUGACGGAGGAGAAUGCGCCGGCUUAUACGUGCCCGGACGUGGAUAUCCUGUCGACCAGUUCUAUUCACCAGGGCACUGGCAUCGUGGACUUUUCUCUCAAGGUCUCGCUGCGGUAG